AUGCUUGUCACAGGCCGGCACUGGAUCGAGGACGAUGGCGCCGCGCGGCUGGAGGCAACGGAGAAAGGCAUUGUGGAGCGGCGAGGCGAUUGUUACGAAUUUCGAGGCUCGGCCGGCGUCUUUUUCUCGAUGGCCGCCCACCGCAUCGGCGCCCGCGUCGCGGGCCUCUCGCCAGAGCAGCUGUGCGCCAUCAUCGAGGCGCAGGCGGGCGCGAGCGACGCCGCGCUGUGCGUGGCGGAGGAGCAUGCCGCACGGCUCGUGGAGCAGCCCGAGUGGGUGCUCUCCGAGGUCCUCCUCUCGCCGGACCUCGCCCCGCACAUCCUCGCCCAGCUGCCGACCAAGGCGCACGCCGCCAAGGGGACAAUCGGUAGACGGUGA